GUCGACUUUCACUGCUCAUUCAACGAUCGUUUUUCUCUUUUGCUCAUACCCUGUCCUUCGUUUGUCAACUGUUUAAUUAAUUCGCUAUGAGACUUCUCCCUGUGGCUGCUGGUGCAGCCUUUUUUGCCAGCUCGGCUUUGGCCGUUGAUCCCAUUGUGAUCAAGGGCUCCAAAUUCUUCUACUCGAGCAAUGACACCCAAUUCUUCCUCCGCGGUGUGGCAUAUCAACAGAGUGAUACUGCCGACCCCCUGUCCGACAAGACCACCUGCGAGCGUGAUAUCCCCUACCUGAAGGAGCUGCGCACCAACGUCAUUCGUACCUAUGCCAUCGACCCUACCGCCAAUCAUGACGACUGCAUGGAGCUUCUUGCGGAUGCUGGCAUCUACGUUGUCUCCGAUCUCUCCAACUCGACCGUUGCCAUCGAUCGUAGCGACCCCGCGUGGCAGCUCACUCUCUACGACCGGUACACCAGCGUCAUCGAUGCCCUGGCUGGUUAUAACAAUACCCUCGGCUUCUUCGCUGGUAACGAGAUUGCCAACAGCGUUGGAACUACCGAUGGCAUGCCCUAUGUCAAGGCGGCGGUGCGGGAUAUGAAGUCCUACAUUAGCAGCCAAGGCUACCGGUCCAUGGGUGUUGGUUACGCCACUGCUGACGUUGCGUCUAUCCGUGGCGACCUGGCCGAUUUCCUCAAUUGCCAGAGCGAGGCUGUCGGUAUUGACUUCUUCGGUUACAACAUCUACUCCUGGUGCGGUAACUCGACCUACUCAGAGUCCGGAUACAAGGACCGCACCGAGGAGUUCGCCAACUACUCCGUCCCCGUGUUCUUCUCCGAGUACGGCUGCAACAGUGUCACCCCCCGCGAGUUCACCGAGGUCAAGGCCCUCUACGGAGACGAGAUGUCCCAGGUGUGGUCCGGUGGUAUCGUCUAUGAGUACUUCCAGGACACCAACGACUAUGGAUUGGUUUCCGUGAUCGACAGCACCAGCGUCAGCAAGAUGACCGAUUUCACCUACUACUCCAACGAGAUCGCCACCGCCAGCCCCAGCAGCACCAACAAGGCAUCCUACACCCCGACCAACACCGCUCUCCGCAGCUGCCCGACCGAAGACUCCUCCUGGGAAGCCGAGGCGACCCCUCUGCCCCCUACUCCCAAUGACAACCUCUGCGAGUGCAUGGUCAGCGCCGCCACCUGCACCGUCGAUGACUCCGUUUCCUCGGACGACUACGGUACCCUCCUCGGAGACGUCUGCGGUGACAUCACCUGCUCCGGAGUCGACGGCAACGGCACCACCGGCGAUUACGGUGCCUACAGCAUGUGCAACACCAAGCAGCAGCUGGUCUUUGCUCUGAACUACUACUACGAAGUCCAGUCCGCGUCCGGCUACGCCGCUUCGGCCUGCAGCUGGGGCGGAUCUGCUACCACCAAGUCCGCCACCUCUGCCACUGGAACCUGCAAGACUCUGAUGUCCCAGGCUGGCACUGCGGGUACUGGCACCGUCACCUCGGAGGUUACUGCCACUGGAUCGUCCAGCUCGGCCACGGCUACUUCGGGCUCUUCCUCCUCUACUUCCUCGGCCUCUCAGUCCGUGAACGUUGGCUCUCUGCAGUUGGUGUUCUACACGGCCAUUGCCGUGGUUAGUGGAUUGGGCAUGAUUAUGCUGUAGAUGCGGGUUGCUCUGGAUUAUUUUCUCUUCGCA